UGCAACAUACCAUUUAUCUUGCAAAGAAUGAGGAGGGAAGAUCCAAAAAGUGGCGUACGUUCAGAGGAUGAAAGCCCAAACUACCUUCGAAUACACGUCUCAAAGAAAGCUGUACUAAAGUAUCUGGUUCCCAAACUAACAAGGGCCCUCACAAAGGAUUUUCGUGUUCUACAAUAUGAUAUCUGCCAUGAUGAAACAGUGUGCAAACACAUAUUUGAAGAAUUUGUGAGAACUUUCCAAGGGGACUUGCAUUCAAGUGCCGAGGUCACCAAUGUCAUAGAUGUCCAUGACGUAUUCGAGGAAACUUUACUGCUUGCAGCUGCGAAUGUUUCUAACCUAGCAUCUGUUAAAACCUUGUUAGAUAUGGGUGCUGAUGUGAAUGUCAGAAACAGAACUGGGCAGACAGCACUUCACUUAGCCUGUGAGGCAGACAGAAUAGACGUCCACCUUAUCAAGUUACUCCUUGCACAGGGUAUUAGUGUAAACAUGGUUGAUAGAAAAGGAAGGACAGCUCUUCAUGUAGCAUGUGAGGCAAACAGGUUGGACGUCAGCGUUCUUGGAGUUCUUCUCAAAACUAAUUGUGAUGUCAAUAUCACAGAUAGCUCAGGAGAUACAGCUCUUCACAAAGCAUGUAAGGGCAGUGGUGGAGACAUCUGUAUUCUAAAAUUACAGAUACCCCCCAAUGCUGACACCCCCGUACCUGAUAAUGAAAGUCGCAGGUCAAUCGUGAGAGUAUGUAGAGCAGGUUUAGAUGCGAGGGAUCUUGUGCAUCUCAGCACCCAAUCUGUUGACAUCAAUGUCCCUUAUUCUAAUGAAAUAACAGUACUUUACUUAUUGUGUGUCGGAAAUAGUGUGGAUUCCGAUAUUAUUAGGUAUCUGUCAGAUGCAGGCAUUCGCAUGGGAGUCGAAAAUAGGAGAGAAAGUGAAUCACUUUACGUAGACAACACUGAAAAUAGAGCUACAUGUCCAUUUGAAGUAAUGGUCACAAAAGGGGCUGAUGUGAAGAUAGCAGACAGAACAGGAACAACAGCACUUCAUCUAGAAUGCCAGAAUAUCAGUAUGGACGUCUGUGUCAUUGAGGCACUCAUCAAACACCCUACUGAUGUCAACAUUGUCAAUAAAGAUGGAAAAACUGCACUCCACUUUGCAUGUGAAGGAGAACGUGCAGAUGUCCGUCUUGUGAAGCUACUGGUAAUGCACGGCUCUGGUGUGAAUAUUGCCGACACGAAAGGAAAUACACCACUUCACUUGGCAUGUUUGAAAGUUUGUAUCAACACCCGUGUUUGUGAGAUACUUGUCACACAUGGUGCAGAUGUCAAUAUGAUUGGUGAAAACAGGCAGACACCACUUCAGUCAGCUUGCACAACUUCAGAUGUCGACAUUGGUCUAAUUGAUCUUCUCAUUCAACACAACGCUAAUGUCAACAUACCAGACGACAAUGGCAGAACACCACUUUAUAGAGCUUGCACAACUUCAGAUGUCAACAUUGGUCUUAUCGAUCUUCUCAUUCAACACAAGGCUAAUCUCAACAUACCAGACGACAAUGGCGAAACACCUCUUCAUACAGCAUGUGGCAGAUCUGACGUUGACUUUCGUGUCAUUGACUUACUUUUAACUUAUGGUGCUGAUGUCAAUGUUGUCAAUCCACUAAAUGGAAUGACGGCACUUCUUUUUCUAGUCAACGGUAAAUAUGAAGUAGACUUCCGUGUUGUUGAGCUACUUCUCACACAUGGCGCUGAUGUCAAUACUGUUGAUGGGGAUGGAAAUUCAGCACUACUUCACAGAUUAUUUAUGAUUACACAUAAGGAUGAAGGUGUUAUUGAACUUCUCAUCACACAUGGUGCUAAUGUUAAUAUCACAAAUGACGAUGGGCUCUCAGCACUUUUCUUAUCAGGCAGAAAUCGCAAAGACUUCGGUGUACUUGAGCUACUGCUCACACACGGUGCGGAUGUUAAUUCCACUGAUCAAAAUGGGAGGACAAUGCUUCACACAAUAUUGAAUUCCAACAAUAUUGAUGUCCGUUGUGUCGAGUUGCUUCUCACAAAGGGUGCUGAUGUCAAUAUUGCUGAUGUAAACAGAAUGACAGCAUUUCAGAGCAUGUGCAUUAUAGGCAGUUUAGAUGUCCGUGUUAUUGACCUACUUGUCAAACAUGGUGUUGAUGUAAAUACCAUCAAAGAAGAUGGAGGUACAGCUCUCCACUCUGCAUGUUCUGGUGACAAUAAACAUGUCCGCCUUGUUACAUCGCUCAUCAACCAUGGAGCUGACAUCAAUGUAACUAAUGAAGAUGGAAUGACACCACUGCACUUGGCAUGUUCGCGAGUGGAUGAAAUCAUAGUAUAUGAUCUGGUGGACAAUACCUUACAAAAGGAACUUGACAUUCGAAAUGAAAAUGACUUCCAAGUAAUUGAGUUACUCGUCACAAAUGGCGCUGAUGUGAAUGCCACUGAUGAAUAUGGAUGGACAGCACUUCACAGACAGUGCAGAGCGAGAAGUGCCGAAGUCCGGGUUAUUGAUCUACUCCGCAAGCAUGGUGCUGAUGUCAACAUCACCGAUGAAGUUGGAAUGACAGCACUUCAUAGAGCCUGUAAGGCAGGCAGUGGCUUCGAUGAUAUCUCUUUUGAGUUUAAUGAUGGAGAGAAAGACCAAAGUACAGAUGACAAGGAAGAUAAAAUUCCUGUGAUGGAGUAUCUCAUCAGACGAUACAUGGCUGUCAAUACUGCUGACAAGGAUGCGAAGUGCAAAGUUCAUGGUGACUUCAUAAGGAUGCUCGUAAAACUCGGUGCUGAUGUCAACAAGGUUGAUGCUGAUGGAAAUACAGCACUUCAUAUUCUGUGCAAAGGCAAAAUGAAUGAAAAUUCGGAAAUAUCCAGCCUUGUGGAGAGCGGCGCAGAUCUAUACAGACAUAACAGAAAAGGUUGGAUUGCAUAUUGUUUGCAGAGCGAUCGUCUUGUGCCGAACAAUGUUUUGGCUCAGUGCACCAACCUGAUGAUGGCCGUACAGAAUGGUGACGUGUCUGCAGCUCAUGAACUGUUGAUCCAGGGAGUCCCCAUCAAUACCACAGACAGGUUCGGACGCACGGCUCUCCACUACUUGUGUCUAUGUGACUACAUAGAUACCAGCAUUUUGUCAUUAAUGGCGUGCAAACAAUAUGUAAACAUGCCUGACAGGUUUGGUAACACAGCUUUACAUUGCUUGUGUAGGCGAAGAGACAAGAAGGAAAUUGUAAAUAUGCCACGUCUUCUCAAGAUUCUCUUAGAAGCUGAAGCUGACGUGAACGUGCGAGAUGAGUUUGGUUUCAGUUCUCUAUAUUACCUGCGAGGAGUUAUGAGUUCGAAGAUGUUGGACUUGCUGAUGAUACACUGCAACCAACUGAACGAGAACGACGGCGACGGUCUCACUCUCAUGCACUAUAUGUGUGUAAAAGGGCAAUGGGAAUGUCUCAAAAAGAUCAUCAGUGAAGCUGAUGAUAUGAACAAACCAAGCAGCAAGACCCUGUAUGUAGAAAAAACUAACACUGUUUUUCCAAACGGGUCAACAGCUCUACAAUUGGCGUGUAUGUCAGCUAACAUUACCGAAAACAAUGUGCAGAUGAUGAUACACAAGGGAGCAGAUGUUAACAUCAGCAACAAACAUGGGCGGAUUCCUUUGCAUGUUCUGUCUACAGCACUUCCGGACAUCAGUUGGAAUGGAAAGUGGGUACUGAGAAGAAGUAGGGAUCAAGAGAAACUGCACAUUUGUCUUCUACUUCUGAGGGGAGGAUCUGACAUUCAUAAACAGGACAAAGAUGGCUUCACAGCUCUAGGAAAUGUAAAGGUUUUACUGGAUUCUGUCAACAGUGCAAUGGAAGGAAUUCAAACAAUAUGUGAUGAGGUUUCAGCGCUGAUACAAAACAACAGUGUAGUUCAUGAUCUGCUCAAAGAAAGUGAUAUUGCAGAGACUGAUAUAUUUGGAAGAACAGCUCUUCAUUACCUGUGUCUGAGUGAGCACCCUCACCAGGCUGAUUUCCAACUGGUACCAUGCAAUACUGACGUCAACAAAGCUGACAAGUGGGGUAGUACAGCCCUUCACAAUCUGUGUAGGAGAUAUGACAUUCAGCGGUUACCUAAUUUGAUACAAUUACUUCAGAUUCUGUUGGAAUCAGGAGCUGACAUAAACACGAAAGAUGAGUAUGGAUACAGUUCUCUGUAUUACUUACGUGAAAUCAUGAACGUCGAACUCCUAGGCAUACUGAUGUCACACUGCACACAGCUAAACGAAGACAACGGGGAUGGCCUCACUCUCCUGCACUAUCUCUGUGCGACAGGAUCAAGAGAAUGCCUAGAGAUGCUCCUUGAUUAUGUCGAUGAUUUGGACAAAGAAGUGAGCCAGAAUGUCACAAGCACAAGCGGUAAUUGUGUUUUCGUUCAGGGUUUGACGGUCCUCCCGAUUGCAUGCAUGACAAAAGGUGUUGACAAAGGUCUUAUUGAGAUGAUUUUGCACAAAGGAGCUGAUGUUAACACUGCUGACGUCCUAGGGAAAACGCCAUUGCAUUACAUUUGUGAACGAUCAUUGGUGUUCAGGUGGAACAGAGCUUGGUCCAAGAAGGCUUUGACAUGGCUAAGUACAAACAACGUCACCGUGUACUGCUUCUUGUUGGAUCGGGUAGCAGAAGCACAGAAAAAAGACAACCGCCAUCGUCCCCCAAAUGCAUCCAUUUUACAAAAUCGAUGUCAAUUUCAGCAGGAUGAAGAGGAGGCACUGACAUUAUCUGAGAAUGACGCAAAGGAAUAUGACUUCCUUCUUGAUGAAGAGGAACUUACAUACCUGACAAUGCUGCUCAAAGAAAGAGCAGAAGAAAGGAUUUCUGAACCCAAAUUUAUUUGGGGUGACGUGGAUACAUUCUAAGAUGAACAAAUCUGAUGAAAAGUGGAGGCAAAAUAUGUACAGUAAACUACGGUUAUAACAAACUCAAAGGGAUUACCAAUUUUA